GCGGUACAGACUGAAAGCGGAACCACAGAAGGUUUACCAGAAGGAAAUGCACCUACCAAUGAGAAAAGACUGCACGCUGUGGCUGUGGCCCUCCUGGGGCGACCUGUCCUGGCUGGACCUGCCGCAGCCCGCCGACUGCGUCGUGUGGUUCCCGUCCCGGAGCUUCCACGAGUCGGACGCCAUCGUGUGGGCCGGGGCGAGCCCCUCGGCGGUGGCCUCCCCGACGGAGGGCGGCGACGACAACGCCAUCCGCCGGGGGCAACAGGACGGGCGGCGGCGGCGGGCGCGGCGCGCGCCCAACCUGCGCAACGCCAACCGCAGGCCUAACGACGGCCAGGACAGCCAGGACGACCAGCGCGUCGACGGCGACGACGUCAUGAGAGAAGGCAGGGACAUGCAGAGGGCGAUGGGGCUGCUCGUGGACCUGAUGCGGCUCAACGUGGCGUGCUCCUCGGGCGGCUGGCUGCACAUCGGCGAGCCUGCCGGGGGCGGGUCGCUGGCGCCCUCGCUGUCCGCGCCGCCCGCCAACAGGCUGUGCGGCAAGCUGGAGGAGCUGACCGCGCCGCAGCGCCGGCUGCACUUCCAGGCGGCGCCCGCCCUCCGCGUGCACGGCGCGCCCGUGUUCGCGCUGCGCUACCGCCUCGUGGACUACUGCCACCGCGUGGCGCUCGUGCAGCGCAACGCCUCCGUGCCUCUGGCCGCCUCGCCGGGCCUCACGUGCACGUUCAGCGUCUCGCUGCCGCACGGCUACCACGUCAACCUCAGACUGCUGGCGGGCCAGCCCAGCGUGGGGACGGACCCCGAACCCGUUGACAUUGACGCCGUGGAGGAAGUGAACGUCUCCACCGAGGAAGCCGAGGAUCUGGAUGACGUGGAUGUGGUCUCGUCAGACACGCUCCUUCCCCCCGUUACGGACGCCCCUCUCGCCCCGUCGUCGUCCUCCUCGCUUUCGUCCUCGAUGGCCUCCACGUCCGGGGCCACCGCAUCCGGAGUGUCCACCAGCACGUCGUCCUCCACCACGACUUCGUACUACCGCUCGUCGGCUCGCCAUGGCCCCACUGCUGCCAGCAGCUCGACAAAGCCAAAGCGGCCUAGAUCCAGAAGGGAAGGCCCCGAGCAGCCCGCAUCCUCGGCCCUGACAUCAAAGCCAACUCCGUCCAGACCCACACCGUCGUCCGUCAAAGUGGCUGAGUUCCUCCGCGACGCCAUGCUACGCGAGAGAAAGGCGGUGGCCCAGGAGGGGCUCUUGCCGGGCGUCCUGCCGGGCCUCCCUUCCGCGCAGGAACUCGUGGGUGCGCAGGCUCUGCCGCUCAAAAGUCACCCCGAGCACACCGACUACACCGUCGACACGGACGCGUUCUCGUCAACGUCGUCGUCCGAGGAGACCGGCGAGGUCUCGGACACGGCUGCGCCGCCGCCUUCGAAGCGCGUGCGUCGCGACUACAACGACGUCAUCCUGGAGGUGGACUCGAGCUCCGGCACGCCGGCCUCCUCCUCGUCCUCCUCAGAGCCCGUGUGCGAGGGGACGUGGCUGAACCUGACGGACGGCGCGACGACCUGGGUGCACUGCGCCGCCAAGGAGCACCCGGCGCGCCUGUUCCGCUUCCUCUCGGCGCGCAACGCGCUGCAGCUGACGGUGCGCAUGGGCGCCGAGGCCGUGCCGCUGCGCCUCGACUACGACGCGCGCGCCGUGCGCCACGUGGUGCAGGGCUGCGCCUUCGGCUGGGUGGCCGUCGGCCAGUUCUGCGUCACGGCCGUCGAGGACUUCCGCCUGAGCUGGGCCGACGCCGAGACCGAGUGCCGGCGGCGGGGCGGCCACCUGGCGUCCAUCCCGGACCAGGAGGCGCAGCGCGCGAUCGACGACUUGCUCACCAACAGUGUUGCCGUUAUGGUUUGGAGGCCUCUGGCUUUGCUCCUUACGUUUAGAUACUGUGGCCCCUGCAUCCAUGACCGUGUACUUGUGCUCCUUGCGCCGCCAGACUCGGGCGGAGACCAGUGGUCGUCGGGGGACUGCACGCGCACCGUCACGCUCACCCGGGAGGCGCCGCGGGCCAUCGUGGCCAGCCCGGGCUUCCCGCGCGCCUACCCGGACGAGGCGCAGUGCGACACGGACAUCACGGCACCGCCCGGCUACCGGCUCGUGCUCGACUUCGAGGAGUUCGUCAUGGAGAAGGAGCCCUACUGCAGCUACGACCACCUGACCAUCCGCGAGGACGACUUUGAGGACGUCUCCAACUCGGCGGACCACUCCCUCCACCCGGGCCUAGGGCCGCCCGCUCGGCCGGCGCCCACGGCACCCCAGGGCGCCCACCAGGGUCGGUCGUCCCAGCCCGCACACCCCAACCUGCCUGCCGCUGGCCGCAACGGGCUGGCGCACCCCAACCAGACGGGCGUGGCCGGCCGCCAGGAGACGGCGCACCUGGGCCUGGAGGGCCACGUCAUCAUGGGCAAGGGCCACCACCGGUACUGCGGGGACUGGAGCGAGAAGCUCAAGCUGCUGAGGUACACGAGCCGCGGUCCCCGUCUGCACCUUCGAUUCGUCUCCGACUACAGCCACCAUUUCGGGGGCUUCAAAGCGCGGGUUUCGGCCGAGACAGCGGACCAUUCCGAUGCCCCGGUGGCGAUGGAGUGCUCGGACGGACGCCUGCACAGUUUCAACAGCUCGUGCUUCCUCGUGGUCAGCUUCCCGCAAGUCACCUGGCAGACGGCCAGGCAGGUGUGCCAGGGCCUCAAGGCGGAGCUGGCUGAGGUGUACAGCACGGCGGAGCAAGACUUCGUGGUGGAGCGCAUCAGGCACUCGCCGGACUACACGACCACCAACACGUACUGGCUGGGCGGCAUGCUGGGGCUGGAGGGCCGCUGGCAGUGGAUCACGAGCCAGCCCAUGUCCUUUACGGGCUGGAUCCCGUCGCGCUCUUCGGUCCCGGACGUCCUGGAGCCGGGUGGCGACGGCGAGGAUUCGCAGGACUCUCAAGACUCGCACCUGCCGUCCUCGUGCCUGGGCCUGCAGUGGCUGAGCUCGCCGUCGGUGGCGCUGCCGUCGGGCCUGUACUGGCGGCCGCGCAAGUGCUCCGCCGUGGGCGGCUACGUGUGCCGGCGGCAGCAGACGCCGCUGCUGUCUGCGGGCCAGUCGCUCAACGCCACCCUCACCGAGCCGGGGACCUUGUCCUCGCCCGGCUACCCGUCCGGCUACCCUGCCAACCUGGACUACCAGCUGCGGCUGGUGGGGCCGCCGCAGACACGCGUCGUGGUGCGCUUCGCCCGGGUGGACCUGGAGGCGCAGUCGCAGUGCCUGUACGACUUCAUCGAGCUGGUGGACGGGCGCGCCGGCGGGCGCCAGGGCCGCCGCAAGAUCAUCUGCGGCCAGCACCACUCGGCCGUCAUGGACCGCUUCGACUUCGUGUCGGCGUCCAACGAGGCGGUGCUGCGCUUCCAUGCCGACUACUCCGUGUCCGGGGCCGGCUUCCUGGGCUCGUGGAGCGCCGUGGACCUGUCGGGCUGCCCGCAGCGCACCCUCAGCGCCCGAGAGGGCGAGUUCACCUCGCCGUUCUACCCGCACAAGCUGCUGCCGGACCUCCACUGCACCACCAUCGUGCGCGCGCCCGCAGGUCGACGCGUGUGGCUCGAGUUCACCGACGUAGACCUGACGGAUGACGCGGCAGUCUGGGUGGACCUGGGUGCCGGCCGCAAGGUGGUCCCGACCGCGUCGCCCCUCUCCGGCGGCGUGCUCCUGUCGUCUGGGGAGCGUCUCGACGUGGUCCUCAACACGGAGGGGUUGCCGCGGGGCCGGGGCUUCCGCGCCGUGUACCGCGCCGUGUCCGAUGACCCCGAGGAGGUGGUGGUGCAGGUGCAGGCCAACAGCACCCUAGUCCCAAUCCGGCACCUGAACUUCCCGGCGCCACCGCCUGUGCACGUCAACUUUGUGCAGCGGUUCAUCGCGCCCCUGGGCACGCGCCUGCAGCUGCAGCUGUACGGCGUGACGCUGGCGCGCAGCGCGGGGGCCGCCUGCCCGGGCGGGGCGGGCCACCUGGAGGUGCGCGACUCGUACGCCGACACCAACGGCUCGACGUGGAUCCUCUGCGAGGCCCCGGACGCCAGCACGGCGCCCUUCGUCAUCACGUCCUACCUCAACACCCUGCAGCUGUGGCAGCGCGGCGGUGACGCGGGGGUCACGCUCAACGCCACCAUCCAGCCCAUCCACGACGAGGACUACCGCGUCAAGCUGGUCCGCAUGAGCAACGCGACCUGGAGCGUGGAGUCGUGCUCACCCAAUCCGUGCCAGAACGACGGCAAGUGCCUGGUGCGGGACCGGCGCCGCGUGUGCGAGUGCAAGGGCCACUUCACCGGGCUGCUGUGCGGACUCACCGACUGCGACCUGGAGCCGUGCGUCUGGGGCAAGUGCAUCCUCACGCCCGGCUCCUUUCGCUGCCAGUGCGCGCCGCACUACAAG